CACUUGUUCAGCUGCCCAAGGCUGGUCAGCCUGCCCAUUGCCCUUGAACGUCUUAAGAACUGUCUGGUAGUUGUUGUCUCUGCUUACUGAGCUAACAAACUCCAGCGGGACUAGAAACAGCACUAAUAUGGGAUCGGCAAGAGGUCGCACUGAGAUGCAGGAUGAGCGCAGCGCCCCCAGGAGAGACGCGACCCCCCUCAAUCUGAACCACUACGCCACCAAGAAGAGCGUGGCGGAGAGCAUGCUGGAUGUGGCUCUGCUCAUGGCCAACGCCUCGCAGCUGAAGGCCGUAAUCGAGCAGGGGCCCGGGUUCAAGUAUUACAUCACCCUCCUCGCCCUCAUCAGCCUCUCUCUGCUCUUCCAGGUGGUCAUCGGAGGCCUCUUCAUUGCCAUGGCUCGGAAGGACCUCAACGAUGUGGGGAACCAACGGAAGCUGAAUAUCCUGAACAACAUGGCAACGGGGCUGGUGUUCAUCACAGCGAUCAUCAACGUCUUCAUCACAGCAUUCGGGGUCCAGAAAACAGGGCUCUACCCCAACUGACAACACGCAGAUUUCAAUGUACAUGAAGAUCUUCUUAAACAACGUGCAUAUUCACAGAAGAUGACGUUCACCACAGCCCCUGUAGAGACUUAACUGCUUCAAUAAUACCAGCAUUAAAGGCAUCUGCUAAAAUAGACAAACAUGGCCAGUGAGAGAAAUUCUGUACGGAACUGGGAAUGACAAUACAACGCUAACUCAUCAUAAACAAUAUCUGCCCUGUGCACUGGAAUUGGACACAACACUUAAUUAUUCCUAUGAACUAGCAAUAAUCUCCUUAUGAUAGCCCUUGAAUGGUUGUCCUCCCAAAAAUGUGUUACAUUCCUUUAACAAAGCAAGCAACCUGAACACUUUGUAACCCCUAAGUGGUCAGGUGGGGUCUAUUUGACCCCAGGGCCAUGUUUCACUUGUUUAUUAGACCCUACCUCACCACUUAUGUACAAACUUGUGUGCACACAGAUCAUCUUGUUUGCUGUAUUUUUCAGAUUUAGAGGCAUGAGCGACAAACCCAUUCAUGGGGCGCAGACGAGAAGACCACGUUUUCAUGUAGGAUGUAGAUGUGAAAAGGCAGUUUUUGCCCUUCACAUUUUGUGCCACUUUGCCAAAGAUGCUAUGAAGAAAGUGAUUCCAUUGAUAAGGUGCUUAUUGUCAGAGCUUGUGUAAAAGGGCUUGUAGAUUGUUGAAUGAAAACCUUUUUUGAAAAGACCUUUAUCUUUACUGAUAACGAUCAAUUCAUAUAUGGGGUCAUAUUGACCCCACUUCAUCAGUUACACGUCACCACUUAAAACAUGGAGUUAUAACGCUUGCUUGCUGUCGUUCCCUGUAUAGCACUUUGUACAGUACAAAGCUUUUAGUGUAUAUGCUACAGCAGGCAUGCAACCAAACGCAAACAGGUUUUUAAAGAUGAAAUUCAUUUUUAGAAGUAAUUCAAUUUUGUUAAACAACAGGUAUGUUUUUAGAAACACUUUCACAGUAACAACUAAAUAUAUUGUGCCUUUUCUUUUACUCAGAGUGGCUAAUAUUAUUAUUAUAAAUCUGUAGAUUUUAAAGGGGUUUUUAUUAAACAAAUACAUUUCUCCUCAA